AUGGGUGGAAGGGGGAGGGGAGGACGCGGGGUGGGGGUGGGGGGAAGGGAAAGGGGGGAGGGGGACGGCGGUGGCGUUGGUGGUGGUGGAGUGGCAGUGACUGUUGAUGAUGCUGAUGGUGGUGAUGAUGAUGAUGCUGAUAAUGGUGGUGGAGUGGCAGUUGGUGGUGGUGGUGGUGGUGAAGAGCCCAGUAAUGUUGUCAGAAAAUUAUUGACAGGUUUGGUUCCCAAUUCCCGCUACUCAAUAGUCCUUCAAACAUGUGUGGAAAGUCAACAUGUGGGAGGCGUGUUGCAAUACGUGGGAGGCGUGUUGGACACGUAG